UCUCCUCUUCUCUCUUUGUUUCAGGUGACAAGUGUACAUGCUUCCAAGGGAGACCUCCUCAAGUCGGGCAGCCCCAAGUCGACGUUAAAACAUAUAUGGACAGAAAGCGGCAAGGACCUGUCAAUCAGCAGGUUGCUGUCACAGACUCUCCAUGGCAAAGAGAACACCACGGCUCUGGACCUGCGCUACGACACCCCGGAGCCCUACUCCGAGCAGGACCUCUGGGACUGGCUGAGGAACUCUACCGACCUCCAGGAUUCUAGACCUAGAGCCAAACGGCGGCCUAUGGUCAAGACGGGCAAGUUCAAGAAGAUGUUUGGCUGGGGAGACUUCCACUCCAACAUCAAGACAGUCAAGCUCAACCUCCUCAUCACCGGGAAGAUCGUGGACCACGGCAACGGAACCUUCAGCGUCUACUUCAGACACAACUCCACAGGCCAGGGCAACGUGUCCGUGAGUCUCGUCCCGCCAACCAAGGUCGUGGAGUUCGACGUGGCGGCCCAGCAGUCCGUGAUUGACGCCAAGGACUCCAAGUCCUUCAACUGCCGCAUCGAGUACGAAAAGGUGGAGAAGGGCGCCAGGAACACGCUGUGUAACUUCGACCCGUCCAAGACAUGUUACCAGGAGCAGACUCAGAGCCACGUCUCCUGGCUCUGUUCCAAGCCCUUUAAAGUCAUCUGCAUCUACAUCUCCUUCUACAGCACUGACUACAAGCUGGUGCAGAAAGUCUGUCCGGACUACAACUACCACAGUGACACUCCCUACUUCCCCUCUGGCUGACCACUCCCACAACCCCAAUGUGAAGGACCAGUAAGUUACAAAGCGGGGCUUCUUCUUCUUUUUCCCCGCCCAGAGAAAUAUAUGUUAGCUGUACUGUUCUGAAAAUAAAAGAAUGUGUAAAAUGAAUUGGUUAUCUAUUUAUGAAAUUAAGACAAUACAGAAAGUAAAGACUUAUGGGGCAUUAUUAUUUUCACUUUCAAGUGUUGUGCAAAACCAUUAUUAUUAUAAAUAUAAAAAUUAUUAUAUUCAUAUUAUUAGUAUACAAAUACUAUGACUAAACAAAUAAUAUUGAUUAUAAUUUAUUUGUUUUAUAGAUUUCAUACCUUUUUCCAUCAGUGAUUUCAUAGAUGCAUCAUGUGUACAUAUUUGGGGUUGUUAGUUCCAUUUGUAACUAAGUAAAAUCAAAAGUCUUAUUAGUUUGUAACAACUUGUUAAUGUUAUCAAUAUGUUAUAUAUCAUUUUCUUGGUCCAGUUUGAUUCUAGGUGCUUUAAUUUUCUCCUUUUAGUAAAGUGGAAAUAUUUCUUACUUUGCUCCUUAGGGCCACCAUACUUUCUGUAUGAAAGUUCAGUUCUGUGAGCUACCAAUUGGAUGGCAGCAUACAUGAUCCUAUGUUUUGUUUGCACCUGCAAUACUCUACUUCAUUCAUAGCAGCUCAAUUCCGCUCUCUCAGAAAUAACAGUCCAGACUCCUAUCCUUGAAGGCCUACAAGAUCCCCACACAUUUCCAAAUCCUUUGACCCCACAGUCGAGAGAGCUGAAGAAGAGGAGAGUGUCAGUGUGCAAUCCAAGUAUCAGGUGGAGGUGGUCUUAUCAGCCUGGCGGACUUACCUAGCACUGACAGGCUUCUCCCGCAGGCAUGUUUUCUAAAAAAUUUAAAAUAAACGCAUUUUACAUGUUCAGGAAUGAUGCUGUUCAAUCUUCAGCUUGUCCCUGUAUAAGUCCUGGCUCAGAUUAUUAUUAGCAAAUCACAGCCUUAUUAGGUUUAUUGUUAAUAUUCAGUUGUGAUUGAUUGGGGGGCUUGCUCAUUGUCAUUGACUUAAUAAAAAUUGUAAUGUAAUGAAUUCUAUAUCUUAGAGAGCCUAAUUUGUAUGAAUGGUUUGUAUUGUACAUAGUUUAUCCCGAAUUGAGCUGCGUCUGUAUAUGUCCCCAUAAAGCUAUCUCCUCCUUCCUACUCUCUCUCUCUCUCUCUCUCUCGCUCUCUCUCUCUCUCUCUCUCUCUCUCUCUCUCU